AUGACUUCUUUCCUCCCCGUCAACAACUCGGCCACGACCGAAGAAAUCGCCAUGGACGGUGCGACCACCCCGCGUGCCCUGCCGAACGGCAUCCCCGCCACCCCGGAUAGAUCGUCGACGACAGAGAAACCCCCGGACGCCGGGAUCAACACCCUGGGGAGCGAAGACUCGGCGCGAGCGGUCUCCGGACACGCCAGGACCUCCUCAAAUUCGGACGAGACGAUGCACGGCGAUUCCGAGGGAGAGUCAGAACACGAAGGGGAACCGGGCAGUGCGCCCCCAUCGAAGAAGAAGAAGGGUCAGCGCUUCUUCUGUACCGACUUCCCACCUUGCAACCUCAGCUUCACCCGCAGCGAGCAUCUCGCCCGACAUAUCCGUAAACAUACCGGCGAACGCCCCUUCCAGUGUCACUGCUCACGGCGGUUCUCCCGGCUCGACAACCUCCGACAACAUGCGCAGACCGUUCACGUGAAUGAAGACAUUCCCGGGGACUCGUUGGCCGCGACAGGCACCCGCUUUCAACGUCAGGUACGAACAGACCGGGUGCGUCCACCUGGACGGGCACGAGCCGGCACAGGAGGCAGCGCCGGCGGCGGCGGCCACAGCCGGGGCCACAGUCGGAAUCUAUCGACCUCGAGUAUUACAUCCACCACCUCGACAUUCAGCCAACCCCCAGAGCUUCGGCGCAGACCUCCGCCUUUGAUGAUGGCCACCGACCCGACCGCACGAGCGCGAAUGGGCCUGGACCCCAUGGGCGAGCCUCCAAGUACGCCGCCAGGUCAGAUGCGUGGCAUUCCUGGUUCUGCAGCAACAGCCUCCCCAUACACCCCUUCCAACGCUUUCUCUGCUGCAACGGGUAGCAGCCCACACUUCGCCUCCCCCAUGUCCUCUGCGUCACACGGCUUUUGGGAGGGUAAGACAGCGGCCCGCCGGCUUUCGGUACCGACUAGUAGCAAUCCAUUUCUCGCACAGCAUAGAAAUGCGUAUCCUCCGUCUUACGCCAACUCACCCGCUGGACCGCCUUACCCGAAUGCAGCUGGAGUGUUUGCUAGCCCAACCAGCAGCAACUACCCAGCAUCACGAGAUGAGAGCACGAUCAGCGCUGCGGAAGCUGAAAUGCGCAGGCGAACCUGGCACCCGUCGACGUACCCAACAUUUGGCCGCCCUAGUACGAGUGGUCUGAGCCAAUAUCAUACACCCGACACCGUCCAACCCCAGUCUUAUGGCGGGAACAACUCGGCAGAGCAGCCGCCGCGUUUGCCUGGAAUCGAGAGCUUCGACAAGGUCGUCUCGCAACAGCGACCCUUGACCCCACCGACCCGCAAGUCGAGCCCGAUGCAAAUUGAUAGUCAACACCGCCCACCUCCCCAUUCCUCCAGCCACGGAUUUAGCUCGGGAUUCAACUAUACCCAGCCAUCGGUGCGUCCGGCGCCUCCAAUUCCUGGCCCGGGCCAUCGCCGUGGUCAUGUCUCCUGGGAUAUGUCACUGCAUACCAAUCUCACGGGACUGGACAUCCGUGAUCGACGAUCUUCCAGAGACGCAUCGCAAUGGAGCCAGCAGACCAUUCAAGAGCUCCAGAACGUUUCCUCUCGCCCUUCCUCAUCUUACCAACCGACGUUUGGCCCGACGGCGGAACGAAGCCCCGAGGAGCAUCGAGGCCAUGCACCCAGCCUCUCAACUGGAAGCCGGCCACCGGCCCAUACUUCCCCGGAAGAUUCCAGCAGCAGCGAAGGAGUUCAUACCCCGUCGACGGCAUCGGUUGAGUACCACCCGGCGAUCGUGCACAGCAGCGGAUAUAUUGAAUCCCACGACUCCUCUCUACCGUCCGACCACCCUCAACCGAUCUGUGAUCGACCCGCCUCUCACGCCGACGGCUACCCGGGUCCCACCGAGCAAGAACCCCGAUCGGACGCCUUUUCGGACACGUCCGCCCGCGAUGCCGGUAUGGGGCGGCUGGAGGCCCUGGUUGCCGUCGCGACCAGUGAAAAUAAAGGAGCAGCCAAGCUGUUCCUGUAA